GGACUGGACCACACUAGAGAUGGUGAAGUGACCAGAGAUAAGAUAUAUGGUGAAGGUCUGGAGACGAAUACAGUCAAGAGUGCUAGUGAAAUCAUACAGUCAGCAGCCUAUGCCUGCAUCCAGAUCAACAGUGAUGAGCCCCCUGCAACACAAGGUGGACUGGACCACACUAGAGAUGGUGAAUUGACCAGAGAUAAGAUAUACAGUGAAGGUCUGGAGACGAAUACGACAAAACUGACAGCUUCCGACGAUCAAGUAUUCACGGGAAUGUACAAUGUAGUUGCUCCACUGACACCACCAGUCAGGAGUGCUAGUGAAAUCAUAGAGUUAGCCGCCUAUGCCUGCAUCCAGGUCAACAGUGACAAGACCACCGCAACACAAGGUGAUGGGAAACAAAAAGCUCAACCACAACGCCAAAGCAGCGCCCAAGGAACAGAAACAGUGCAUGCAGAUUUAGGUGAUGCCACGGAAGGAGAGACUGCUGAACAUCCACGAAUGUACACUGAUAUCAAAGUCAGAGAAGUCCCAGCAGUACCCAUGAAGUCAUCAGUCUACAGAAUAUCUAGAACAACAGUCGCGCUCGAUAUAAGCAUUUACAGCGAGUCCAUUAAUCCAUCUGAUUUCACUCGAAACAGAAUGAAAGGUGGAGGAAAUGAUCCUCAAUAUUUGGGCCCAAUUUACACAGUGGCCUCGUCCCUCCCCGAGAUCUACCAAGACCCUGCAGAGGUUACCAGUGAGAACAUCACCGAGAAGACGAAACUGGGAGAUGGGCAGUUUGGAGAAGUGGUGCUGGCCAACACUAAUGGUCUGAGUCUGAAGAGCAUGGGAUUGAGCAAGACAGACAACAACCCAAACAUAUCAGUCACGGUAGCUGCAAAGAAGCUUCAAUCGAAUCCGUCCCAGACCCAGAGAGAGGCCUUUGAGAAGGAGGCUCAGUUCAUGUCCCACAUCAAACACCCCAACGUCCUGCGUCUGCUGGGAGUCUGCAUCCACGACUCUGCCUUCAUCAUGAUGGAGUACACCGAGGGAGGAGACCUGAACCAGUUCCUGCAGAGCUACUCGGAGAUUGUCACCACUUCCUCCAGCCAAACCCAAAUCACGUCCUCGGAGCUGGUGUACAUAGCCUCCCAGAUUGCCAGUGGUAUGCAGUAUCUGGCAAGUCUCAAGUUUGUCCAUCGAGACCUGGCCACUCGCAACUGCUUUAUCACGACAAACAACUUCAUCAAGGUGGGGGAUGUUGGUGUGAACACGAGUCUAUACCAGUCCAGCUACUACCGCAUCCGUGGCAAUAGGAUGAUGCCCAUUCGCUGGAUGGCCACUGAGUGUUUCAGCGGGAAAUUCUCGGAGAAGUCAGACGUGUGGGCAUUUGGUGUGACCAUGUGGGAGAUGUUCACUCUGGCCAAGCAGCUGCCGUAUCGCCACCUCUCUGACGAGGAGGUGAUCCACAAUAGUUUGAAGAGGGAGUAUCGUCAAUUUCCAGUGAAGCCAGUGGCCUGUCCCCAGCCAGUGUAUGACGUGAUGGAGAAAUGCUGGGCCGUGGACAUGAGGCACCGUCUUACAUUUCAGAAAUUGAUUGAUUGGUUAAAAAUUUAACUCAGGGAAUGAGAAUACCAUUUAGUUAUGUGUAGUUUGUCCAGGCAUAGUUUAACGAUUUCCUUAUACAGAAAAGUUUGUAGGAACUCUUGCACAUUCAUUUACCUGUUUGUUAUGAAUGCGCUAUCAUUUUUUAGAG